AUGGCGUCCACGCCGCCGCUGCGGGACCGUCUGAGCUUCCUGCACCGGCUCCCAAUUCUUCUGAAAGGAACGGCAGAUGAUGAUGUCCCGUGUCCGGGUUACUUGUUUGAGGAGAUCGCUAAAAUCUCCCACGAGUCCCUGGGCAGCAGCCAGUGCCUCUUGGAGUACCUUCUGAACCGUCUGCACAGUGGCUCCGGCCGAGUGAAGCUCAAGGUGCUGAAGAUCCUGCUCCACCUGUGUGGUCACGGCUCCUCGUCUUCCCUGCUCAUCCUCAAACGCAACCCUGCCUUCAUCCAGGAAGCUGCAGUGUUCUCAGGCCCCCCAGAUCCUCUCCAUGGGAACAGCUUGUACCAGAAGGUGCGGGCAGCUGCCCAGGACCUGGGGAGCGCCCUGUUCUCUGACACCUUGUCACCUCUGCCUCCCUCCCAGCUGCCCAGGGUCCUGCCUCCAGCAGGCAUGGGCUCGCAGUCCAGACCCCAGAGCGCUCUCCAGGGCUUUGGCUACAGCAAGGAACGGGGCCACACGGGCUCUGCGGGCGAGGGCUUCUUCUCCACCAUCCAGAAGGCUGCAGAGGUGGUGGCCAACGCUGUGCGCCCCGGGCCCGAGAGCCCCAGCACCCAGAGGUCCCUACCGCGGGGUGAUGCCUACCAGCCUGCCAUGACGCCUUCAGCCAGUCACGGUGGCCAGGCUGCUGGGAAGCCGCUCUCCAGAGCCCGCCCAGGUGCCCGAGGAAGUGCCCUGAGACCCCAGCCUGGGCAGGCUGGAGGGGGCUGGGACGAGCCAGACAGCAGCUCCAGCUCCCAGACUUCCUCCCAGGAGAACGGCGACCCGAGCAAGGCCUCGGACUCAGGCAGUCGGUCGGGCAGUGACAGUCCGUCGGCGGCCAGCCAGGCACCCAGCGACCUGGCAGAGCGGGUUGAGGCCGUGACCCUGAGCGACUGCCAACAGGAGCAGAGCCUGGUUCAGACCGUGACACGUGGGCCACGCGCCUUUCUGAGCCGAGAGGAGGCACAGUGCUUCAUCAAAGAGUGUGGGUUGCUCAACUGUGAGGCCGUGCUGGAGCUGCUGACCCGCCACCUGGACGGGCCCAGCGAGUGCGUGCAGAUGAGAGCCCUGGGUGCCAUUGCAUCCCUGGGGCGCACCGACCUGCUCUCCCAGGAGCACAUCCUGCUCCUCACCCGGCCACGGCUACAGGAGCUCAGUGCAGGCAGUGCCGGACCUGUGACCAACAAGGCCACCAAGAUCCUGAGGCACUUGGAAGCCUCCUGCCGGCAGCAGCCCCCUGCCCGGGGGCCCCCAGCUGAGCCGGGCCCCGCUGCUGCCCACGUGGGCCCGUCAGACCUGCUGACCGACACCGUGCCUUUCGCUGGGAGCCAAGCCUUCCUGCAGCCCCUGAGUCCCGCCCUCUUCCCGCCCAAGGGCUCUGCGCUCCCCGCUCCCCAGGGUGGCUCCUCCCUCUCAGUCCCCGGGGACGCCAGUGGGGUGGAGAGCAGACUGGCGGGUUCCAGAGAGCAGGGGGCCCCAUCUGAGUGGAGCCCGUUGGGCACAGGCUCCCCCGAAGGAGCACCAGAACUUAGCCCGGGGCCUAGCAGCUGCCUGCAGAGCCCGGCAGCCACUGGCAGCUGCAGCUCCUUGUUUGCUGGAAUGGAACUGGUGGCUUGUCCCCGCCUGGUGGGGGCCGGGACUACCACAGAAGGGGCCCCCCAGGCCCCCUGGACAUUGUCACAGAAGGUGGCAGUGAGAGAGCCUCCUGGCGCAGAGCCAUCAGCUUUCCCAUUUUUAAACUCAUGA